UGUCAAUAAAAUGGCGUCCAAUAAAGAAGUAGACGAGGAACAGAAGCUGGCGAGACUGUUCUCGCAGCUCCAGGCAGCUGGGGAGGACGGGGAAUACGAAAAAGGCCUCAAGACGGUCGAGAAGAUUCUUGCUAUCGUUCCCGGGGACCCCGACGCCCUUCACUGCAAGGUAGUCUGCCUCGUUCAAAUGUCAGAGUUGGGAGAGGCUCUGAAGCUUAUCGACUCGCUCUCUCGUAAGUCUGUCGCCAAAGGCUCACUCCUGUUCGAGAAGGCGUACUGCCUGUAUCGUCUGGAGCGCUACGAGGAGAGCAGAAAGACCCUUGAAGGCUUGCCUCAGAGCGAAGAACGCGUGCGUGGGCUCUCCGCGCAGAUAGCUUACCGUCUUGAAGAAUACGGAGCUGCCGGCUCCGUAUACUCGAGCCUGGUGAGGGAGUGUUCGGACGACUAUGAUGGCGAGAGACAGGCCAACUACGCUGCUGCUCAGGCUCUCUCUGGAAACGAGAACAAGUCAUUCGAAAUCGACUCCCUUCGCGAAGAGACAAUGGAGCAGUGUUUCAACAAAGCCUGUUGCCUGUUGGCCGCCGGGAGGGGAGAGGACGCAGAGGAACUUCUCGAAAAAUCGGAGAAACUUUGUCGCGAGAGUCUCGUGGAAGAAGACUACACUGAGGAGGAGAUAGAGGCCGAGUUAUCGGUGGUGCGGGUCCAGCUAGCGUGUGCUCUUCAGAUGCAGGGUAAAGGGAAAGAGGCACUCGCCGCGUACGCCAACGUUCUGCGACAGAGAUCUGGGGAUUCCCCACACGACAUCGUCGCCUCGAACAACAUCCUCGUCCUGAACAAAGAUCGCGACGUGUUUGACUCUAAGAAGAAAGUCAAGGUCCUCGCUAAUGCUGGGACGCUCAAGAAGCUCAUUCGCUCUCAGAAAGUGGUCAUUCUGUACAACAGAGCGCUUUUUGCUCUCCAAAUGAACCAGUUAGAGCAGUGUCGUCAACUGGUGGCCGAGAUGAGAUCCGUCUACCCAGCCAGCGAGCAAACGAUACUUGCCGAGGUCGGACUCCUCAAUAGAGAGAGGAAAAUUGGCCAGGCGGUCGAGCUACUAGAUUUCCAUCUCAAGGGUGUACCUACAUCAACGCCGUUGCUGUGGUUGACUCUGGCCCAGCUGUACGGUAGUCAAGGUAACACAGCCAUGGUGUGUUUGGUGUUAGACUCCCUCCCCUCCCUCUCCACACACCCUGGAGUCGUGUGUACCCUUGUGGCUCUCUACUCCUCGUUGGGAAAGACAACCCCCGCAAUUAGCGUCCUCGAUCGCGCCGUUUCAUUCCAGACUCAAUCACCCACAUUGUCGCAGUCUCUCCUACGAUCGCUCAUGUUUUACAACGCCCAGUACAAACUGGACCACAACCAGCCUCAAGAAGCCGCUACGGUUUUAGAAAAGCUCAGAGCUACGUACCCCAAUGAUCUAAAGGUGCAGGCAAGACUCAUUGCGUCGUAUUCCAAAUUUGACUCCCGCCGAGCGGAAACGGCAAGUCGGUCCAUCCCUAAAUUUACUGGUGCCGAGAGAGUUGAUGUAGAUGCUCUGGAACAGAUGCCGAGUUUCAGACACAGCCAGCGACAACAGAUGAAGCCAAACACCAGCAGUAACAAACAGAGCACGGGCGGUGCGGAGGGAGGAGGAAAGGAGAAAGACAAACAUCGCAAGAAGAAACGCAAGUCGAAACUCCCGAAAAACUUUGACCCUGAGAAGAAGUCCGACCCGGAGCGCUGGUUGCCAAUGAGGGAGAGGUCGUACUAUAGGAAGGGUAGGAAGAGGGGGUUUGCUCCUCUGAGGGGAUCCCAGGGAACGAGUCAUGCCUCUGCUAGUCUGACAGCUCAACUGGACGCCAGCAGACCCAAACCAACACCUUCGGAUGAUACCACCACUGCCUCUCCAAGGAAGAAACAGGAGGUGGCCAGCUCACCACGUGCCAAACCCAGUCAGCAACUGGCGCAGAAGAAACUGCAGCAGCAGCAGCAAAAGAAGAAGAAGAAAAAGGGAGGGAAAUGGUGAUUUGUAGGAGGAAUUUUGAGACUAUCACUUCUAAUCAUUUCAUCUGUAAUUUUUGUAAUGAGAAAUUUGCAAUGAGAUUGCUGAAAUCAACACCAGAGUGAGCGUGAGAAGCAGUAAGAAACAAGUAGCA